CUAAUUUAUUUUUUUUAUAAGAUUAAUUAAAGUAAAGUUCUGGCCAGUGUUCCUGGAAAAUGUCGAACCAAGUCAAUGUCUACCAUUCACCUUCCCUUAUAAAGUCUUGUUGAGUUCGAUCUUUUCCCAGAGAGGCAGAGACCAUUCAAUUCAAUUCAAUUCAGUUCAGCUCGAUUUUGAUAAAAAAUAUCGUCAAGCUAGAUACUUUGGAGCAAAUUCGGCUUAAUCCAAAGAGAGUUGAAUUGUGAUGGAGAAUCAGAUCCUUUUACUUGAAGGUGAGACUGACAAUUUCAAUGGCGUUACCGUUACCAUAGAGGAACCCAUGGAUGCUGAGGUUUUCACCGAAAGGCUUAAGGCUUCGCUUUCGCAUUGGAGAGAAGAGGGAAAGAAGGGAAUUUGGAUAAAGCUGCCUCUUAAAUUUGCUAAUCUUGUAGAGCCUGCAGUUAGUGAAGGGUUUAGAUAUCACCACGCUGAGCCUGAUUACUUGAUGGUUGUAUCUUGGAUCUCUCAAACUGAUGAUACCAUCCCAGCCAAUGCUUCUCAUGUUGUUGGUGUCGGUGCUUUGGUCAUCAACAAGAAUACUAAAGAGGUUCUCGUUGUCCAGGAAAAGAGUGGUUAUUUCAAAGAUAAAAAUGUGUGGAAGCUGCCUACCGGUGUUGUCAACGAGGGUGAGGAUAUCUGCACUGGAGUAGCUAGGGAAGUGCAAGAAGAAACUGGUAUUGUUGCAGAUUUUGUUGAAGUGUUGUCUUUCAGGCAAAGCCACAAAUCAUUCUUGAAAAAGAAAUCGGAUCUGUUUUUCCUUUGUGUCUUAAGUCCACGCUCCUACGAAAUCACUGAACAAAAAUCUGAGAUUUUGCAAGCUAAGUGGAUGCCGAUCCAAGAAUAUGUAGACCAACCAUGGAACCAGAAGAACGAGAUGUUCAAGUUCAUGGCUAACAUUUGCCAAAAGAAGUGCGAGGAAGAAUACUUGGGAUUCUCCACCGUGGAAACUAUCACAGGAUCUGGCAAGAAGAGCUUUAUGUACUGCAAUGCUGAUCACGCCAAUCGCCUUCAAGAAUUGCGUAACCAAGCCUCCUCUUCUCUCUGAUAACAUUCUCAUCCGAUCCGAUUCUGUUUGAUAUCGGCAUUUGUGUUUGUCCAGUGUGUUUCUUUCUUCUACUUACAAGCUUUCUUAGACAAUGCAGCCUUUGGCAUUGUCUUGUAAUCUAUUUACAGUGGUGCUUUUUCAUUCUCACAAAAACAUCUACCCUUAACCGGUUUUAAAUUCUCAGCUCUAUGUUUCAUGUUA